CUUAAGACCGUGUGGAUGUCAGCUGUGAGACAGUCGACUUCAAGCUCCACCAGAGCCAUGAAGGUGUUAGCAACCCUCCUACUUGUGGUCGUCGCAAGUAUCGCGACUGCAAAGAAAUCCUAUCAUGGGCACCGACUUGUGUCAGUGAAAGCUGUGGACAGACAACAGUUCGAUGUACUGGAUCAGAUGCUCAAGACAGCUCAACCAUGGCUGGACUUUUGGAGCUUACCGGCGAUCAAUAAGACAUCGGUCAUCCGGGUCCCUCCUGGCAGCUAUGACCUGUUCGUGAAGAGGAUGGGCCUUGCCAACAUCGGCGUCACGCUCAAGGAGAACGAUGUAGAGGACUUUCUACAGCGCUCCCGCAUGCCUGUGAGCGGCCCACACGCUAAAACCUCCCCAUUCAUUGGCUGGACUGGCGGCAUCACCACCCACACAGCCUACAAGCGAUACCAAGAGUUUGUAGACCUUCUGACUGGUAUGCGGAACUCGUUCCCUGCUCUGGUGAAGGAGGUUGGAGUUCUCAACACGCAGACUUACGAGGGAAGGAGCAUCAGCUACAUCAGACUCGGCACAGGGGGAGAUAAGCCAGUGAUUUUUAUCGAGGGAUUGAUUCACGCCAGGGAGUGGAUUGUAGGCGGCAGCCUCAUGUACUUUAUGGACAGGCUGCUCAGCCGGUACGGUCUGGACGCUGAGGCCACCUUUCUUCUUGACACGUACGACUUUUACGUGGUGCCGGUGACAAAUCCAGAUGGCUACGAGUACAGCCAUACUUCUCAACGGCUUUGGAGAAAGAACCGUUCCGUUCCUCGCAAUGGAUGCCGUGGUGUUGAUCUGAACAGGAAUUUCGAUGCCUUCUGGGGUACCUCGGGCGUGAGCAACAACUGCAACAGCGACGUCUACUGCGGCCCGUCUGUGUUCUCUGAGGCGGAGGCUCAGGGUAUCAGAAACAAAGUAUCUGAGAUCAACGCCGGAGGUCAGCGACUCCACGCCUACCUCGCUGUUCACUCCUACUCUCAGCUUGUACUUACGCCCUACUCGUACGACUACGUCAAACCAGACAACUUUGUUGAAGUCGAAGCGGCUGCUGCAGAAAUGACGGACGCGCUGAGACUUCCCUUCAACACAGAUUACAGAUGGGGCCACGGCCCCACCACCCUGUACCCUGUGUCCGGGGCUAGCGACGACUGGGGGAUGCUGGGAGGCGGAGCGCGAUACACCUACACCUAUGAGCUGCGUCCAAGGGAAGCUAACUUUGAGAUCAGCCCCUCCAACAUCAUCCCCAAUGGCUAUGAGUUCUGGCUCUCUGUUGUUGCCUUGGGGUGCAACAUGAAUGGAAUAUCGGCAACAUGUAAUUUCUAGUUUUUGAAAUUAAAUCUUGAAAAUAAUUCGUUAAUUUUUGGUAUCGUUACUCGUUAUAUUGUAAAAUGUGGUCUUUAUUUUGUAUGAUUUCACAGACGUAAUCGGAAAAUAAAUAUAUCAAUUGAUACAAUCGA